AUGGCGAGGCUACGCUUGACUGUGGUCGCCCUGGCCUUGUGCUGCUGCUGCCUCAUCCACGCGCCCACGACGACAGGUGCUGCCGUCGACGCCUCAUUUCCUCGUCCUGGACUGGAGGUGGUGCAGGAGGAUACUAGAGUGGCAGUGGCUCCGCCAUCGUCGUCGUGCGGCGCGGACGACGAUCAGGCCGUCGUAGCCGGAGAGGUGGAGGCGGCCGGCGGGAGGACGAGGAUGGAUCUGGAGCUGGAGGACUACCCGGGGUCCGGCGCCAACGACCGCCACUCGCCCUGGGCCCAGCAGCGAAGGAACUGA